AUAUAUAGUCUCAUGUUACUCGCGAAACUUUUAACCCAUCUCUUCUGUAUCUAGCAUCUAUAAAAAGUCAUUCAUUCAACAUAAAAAAAGAAAAAGAAAAAAGUACUUCCUUAUUUAGUCCAUUUUUGAAUCUCAAGAAUGAAAAAUAUCAAAAUCCCAACUCCAAUCUUCCUUAUUCUCCUUUAUCUUCUUUCAGGCAUGGUGGGAAAGGUGGAGGUGGAUGGAUGCUAUGUAGAUGCAAUAACAGGGGGUUGUCCAAAUCUAAUGGAAUGCGUUGAAACAUGUAGGCCAUGCUAUCGAGAGAUUGGAAAAGUGUACCCAACAUGUAUAAAGCCAGACCCUUCAUCUGGGAUAUUAUAUUGGCGUUGCCGCUGUGUAAUGACUGAUGGAGCACCUUGUCCACCCCGUGCACCGCCUCAUUGUCCUAAAGAUCCUCCCUUUGCUUCUUAAUUAAGUAGUACUAUAUGAAGACAUCCAUGAGUGAAAGACGAGAAAAUAUUUCUGUGUUUGAAAUAUUUGAAUGUGUAUUCACCAAUUAAAUAUUUUAAUGUGUAUCAAUAGAUACAGCCACCAAUUAAUUU